UCUCUCUCUCGUCCCUAAAAAAACUCUCUCUCUCAUCCUCGGUCCACCCCAUCCCGGCUCUCCCCACGAUCUCCUCGCCGCCGCCGCCACCCACUCCGGCUGUUCCGGCGAGCACGGGCCGCGCGCAACACUCCCCCAAGCUCCCACCUUCCUCUGCUCCGAUCCCCAUGGAAGCCACCGCCGCCGCCUCCCUCGCACGGACCCUCGCCUCCUCGCCGCUCCCCCGCGGCACCCGCCGUAGCCGCGUGCGCGUGGCCGUGGCGCCGGAGCGGCGGAGGAGGGGUAGGGCGGUGCUCGCCGCGGCGGACUCGACGGGCAACUACGUGGUGCCGCUGGAGCCCGCGCCGUCGGGGUUCACGCGCCCGCUCGUCGAGAUCCUGCGCGUGGCCGUGGCGCCGGAGCGGCGGAGUCGGGGUAGGGCUUCUCCGGCAAGGAGGAGGAGAGCGAGCUGGUGCCGUCCUCCCUCGCGCCCAUCGUUCCCAUCCUCAGUAUGGCGAGCUGGUGCUCCAGAGUUGGUAGCAGCAGUAUCCGUCGCCCGCAUCUCCUCUGGGAAGACGACCAAGGGCUAGGGAGUGCUAGCCUUGAUGUGCAAGGAAAGAAACCUGCCUGCCUUUGCGCUAAGUCCGCUUCAGAAAAGCUUGAUUGAUGCCGCUUUUCAGAGCGGCGACUGCGGAUGGCCGUGAUGUAUGCUGGAGCGCCGUGACCUUGUGCUUGGAAGUGGUGGUCUGUUCCCUUUGUUGCAGCAGCUCAAUGAGCAUGCCAAGCUCUCAAUGCUCAGGAAUGCCACAUGGACACUCUCCAACUUCUGCCGUGGGAAACCACAGCUAAACUUUGAACAGGUCAAACCGGCUCUCUCAGCACUGCAGCGCCUUAUCCACUCUCAGGAUGAGGAGGUGCUCACUGAUGCCUGCUGGGCUCUCUCGUACCUGUCUGAUGGUACUAAUGACAAGAUCAACUCAUAAGCAUCAGG